AGAAGAAGGUGUGGGAGAGUUGAAACUUUUCAUACUAGUUGCCAACUCAAAUCUCGACACGGUUGAGAAUUUUUGUUUCUCGAUGAUAAAAGGCCAAGUUAGGUGUCGGGUCAGCGGGUAUCUGACAACACGUCUGGCAGCUCGGGGAGGCCGGAAUGAUCUGCAGUAGUAAGAGGUUGUGGCGGCCUCAUCAGUAGCUGUCACCACGGCGGGGGAGCUUCGGACCUCCGUCUGCAGGGUGGUCAUCUACCUCCAAAGGGACAUGUCCGGGGACAGCUGCCUGCAUCACACCCAGUCUGACUCUAACUCCCUCGCCCCUCCUCUGGCUUGUCCCAAGACCAAGACCUGCAGUUACCGAGGAGCGGUGGGGCUGGGCAACAAAUAUGUCCGCCUCAACGUCGGCGGGACGCUGUUUUACACCACGCUGCAAGUGCUGACCAAGCAGAACUCGAUGCUGAAAGCCAUGUUCAGUGGAAAGAAGGAAGUGUUCACAGAUAAAGAAGGUUGGAUCCUGAUUGAUCGCAAUGGGAAACACUUUGGCAGCAUCCUGUGUUACCUGCGUGACGGCACAGUCACUUUACCAAAAGGCCGCCAGGCUGUCCAGGAGCUGCUGGCUGAGGCAAAGUAUUACCUCAUCGAGGGUCUAGUGGAGCUUUGUCAAAACACCCUGCAGGGAAAUAAAGAGCAACCCCUGUGCGUUAUACCUGUAGUCACUUCCUGUAAAGAGGAGGAGAGGCUCAUCCAGUCCUCUACCAAGCCUGUUGUGAAGCUGGUGUACAACAGAAGCAACAACAAGUACUCCUACACCAGUAACUCUGACGACAACCUAUUGAAGAACAUCGAGCUGUUUGACAGGCUGUCCCUCAGCUUCAACGGCCGAGUCCUCUUCAUCAAAGAUGUGAUCGGAGACGAGAUCUGCUGCUGGUCCUUUUAUGGUCAGGGUCGCAAACUGGCUGAAGUGUGCUGCACCUCCAUUGUCUACGCUACAGAGAAGAAGCAGACCAAGGUGGAGUUUCCCGAAGCUCGCAUCUACGAGGAGACUCUCAACACCUUGCUGUACGAGACGAUGCCGCUGCCCGACAACUCCUUGCUAGAGGCCACGCGUCGCAGCUACAGCAACUGCGGCUCUCACAGCGAGGAAGAAGAGGGCCCCGGGGGAGCUGAGCUGCGUGAGCGCGUCCGUCGAAUCCAUGUCAAGAGGUACAGCACGUACGAUGACCGGCCACUGGGACACUGAGACUGAAACCACCAAACCGCUGGACAGAUUUCAGCUGUUUGUUUUUUUUAAAUUCCUCCAUUUUUUUUUUGUUGUGGAUGGUAAACAUUCACACAUGAAAUCUGAUGAUGCUCAUAUGGUUUUCUUUUGAAUCUUUUAAUGAUCUUACUUUCCCUACCACAAUCUAAAAAAAGGUCCAACGUGUGGCCUCAAUGUAAUUACAUGUGAAUUUUUACUCUAGUUAGCUGCAUGCUCUGUCCAUCAUAACUUAUGCAUUAUUUUCAGAGAAUCCAGAGCGACUACAUCUAUUAGCUAGAGAACUGUAGCUUUUUAUGAAAUUUAGAUCAGUAGUGGAGGAAAAAAUCACUAAUGUGCACUAUUUCUUAAAAGAAAUAUUGUUACAAUCAUAGCACUUAUACUCUGCAUCAGCUGGAGAGGCUGCUUUAUAUUUAUACGUUUUUCACAUUUACAGGCUGUUGUUUGCCAGAGACAAAUGUGUUCUAGUUUUACCAGAAUUAGUGUGCCUCUAAUGUUUUAAUGCAGUUGACCAUAAUGCCUUUUACCAACUGUGAAGAUAAAAGUCUCUGUUAUUCUAC